AUGGCAUCUCGACGCGCCCUCCGCUCCCAAUGGAGCGUGCGAUCCUUCUCGAGACCAUCACCUGCUCCUGUCUCUCGCCCCUUCGCAAUCGCCCCACGGUCCAUCAACACAUCCGACUCGUCCGCUGACAGCAAGACAACACACUUUGGCUUCAAGACCGUGCCCGAAUCUGAGAAGGCCGACCGUGUUGCCGGCGUCUUCCACAGCGUCGCCGACUCGUAUGAUCGCAUGAACGAUCUCAUGUCUUUUGGCUGGCACAGAGUAUGGAAAGACCACUUCGUCUCGGGCCUCCAACCGGGCCUGUCGGCCUCAAACCCUCCAACUCCUCAACACAUCCUCGACAUUGCCGGUGGCACUGGCGACAUCGCCUUCCGCAUGCUUCACACGGCGCAUAACCUCAACCACAACCCCGACGUGCGCGUCACCAUCUCCGAUAUCAACCCUUCCAUGCUGGCUGUCGGCCGCGAUCGAUCAAAGAGUUUGCCCGCCUCCCAGCAGGCCGCCAUGUCUUGGCUCGAGGCCAACGCCGAGAAACUACCCGAGGGCGCUAUCAAGGACAACUCGAUCGACCUGUACACCGUCGCCUUCGGCAUUCGCAACUUCACUAACAUCCCCGCCGCUCUGCGCGAGGCCUACCGCGUACUCAAGCCCGGCGGCGUCUUCGCAUGUCUCGAGUUCAGCAAGGCGGACAACUACCCGCUUUUCAACACCAUUUAUAAGCGCUGGUCCUUUAGCGCCAUUCCCCUGAUCGGCCAACUUGUUGCUGGCGACAGGGACAGCUACCAAUACCUUGUCGAGAGUAUCGAGCGCUUCCCUAGCCAAGAAGAGUUCAGGGACAUGAUUAAGGAUGCCGGCUUUGUGAUUUCGGGUGACGGUUAUGAGAACCUCACAGGUGGCGUUGCGGCUAUCCACAAGGGUAUGAAGCCUGUCGCGUAA